CUCUUCCGACGGACCCGGAGUGGCUCUGCUUCGCCGCCGCCGCCCGCCGCCGCCCUGCCCAGGCUCCGAAUGGACCCCCCGGUGAAGUCGGGGCCGCUCCUGCUCCAGCAGCCGUCGGGUUUGCUCCUGGGGGCCAAGCGGUGGAAGAAAAGCUGGUUUGUGUUGUACCCAGCGAGUCCUCAUGGAGUUGCCCGUCUUGAGUUCUUUGACUGCAAGGAAGGGGCUGCUCCAGCUGACCGGAUCAGUACCAAGAAGCUGGACAAGAAGAUUGUGAGGCUGGCAGACUGUGUGAGUGUGGCUCCUGCCCUGGACUGCAGCCCCAAGGACGGCUUGGCUGCUUUCUGCCUGGAGACCAGCAGCCGCACCUACGUCUUUGCCUCUGAGCCAUCGGAGGCGGCUGACUGGAUGGCCAAGCUCUGCGAGGCAGCCUUUCUGACUAACCCUGGGAAAAUGACCCCCUCUGCUACGUUGGAGGCCGUUGGAGAACGGGACCUGGAAAUGGCCACAAAUUCCAUUUACUACUCAAGAGAAGAAGUGAAUGAGUUCUGGGUCACCGUGCAGAAGACGGAAGCGGCCGAGCGCUGCAAGCUGCAAGGGAGGUAUCUGCUGAAGGCUUCUUGGAACGAGCUCAUCCUCAGAGAGGCCCCCUCCAGCCUGCCCCUCUACACGUGGCCCUAUCGCCUCCUCCGCAGAUACGGCAGGGACAAGGUGAUGUUCUCCUUCGAAGCUGGCCGCCGUUGUGAAUCCGGUGCCGGCAACUUCACUUUUGAGACCAAGCAGGGCAGCGAGAUCUUCCACGUGGUGGAGGCUGCCAUCCAGGCCCAGAAGGCCCAGGUGGAAGAGCAUCGGCAAAGCAGCAGCUCCCUUGAGAUGGAGGCCCCCGGCAUCUUCUCCCUCCAGAGUGCCAUGGCCAACUCCCUCAGCCUGGAGGGCGAGGGCACGGCUGCUUCUCCGGAGAGACGGGCGCCCAGGGGUGCCCUGGCAGCCAGGGCCAGCGUCGCUGGGGAGGGGAAGGAGGCCACCGUGCCCAAAGGGCAAAACCCCUGGCUGAGCUCCCCCUCGCUGCGGCCCUCCCUCUCCGGGACGGCUGGCUCUUUGGAGGACACCAGCAACGUCUACUCUGAGCCUCUGGAUGCGUUGAAGGGCACGCGGCUCCGCCCAGACUCCCUGUACGCUGACCCCCUUGACAGCCAGUGGCAGGAAGAAGGUCCAGGCCGGGGUUCCAGCCUGGCAGAGGAGCAGCCCAGGGCACGGACGGGCGAGGGCCACGGGCUGCCGAGCGACAAGCAGCACAUCUAUGAUGAGCCUGAAGGAAGGGCCCCGUGGCCCACCCCUGCUUCGGCCGCCAUUUACGACGAGGCACGCCUCCCCUGCGAGGCCUGGCGGACUCAGGGCUUGGAGAGCCAAGCUGGCUAUGAGUUGCUGUACCUUCCUGGAACCGGUGAUUAUGCCGUCCCUGCCUUCCACCAAAAGGCCGGGCUGAAACCCUCCAGGCCUAGCCCUGCCCCCAAGCCCCCCCGGGCGCACAAGAAAUCUGCUCAGCUGGAGGCCAGUAAGCCCAGAGCGGCCCCCACCCCGGGCCUGGAGGGGGCCUGCAACAGCAACAACAGCAACAACGCCAGCGACCCCCUCUACAGCCGCGUGAUCAAACCACCCUCGGCCCCUGGCCCUUUGGGACCUGAGCAAUCGGUGGACGAAGGCCGGCCGGCUGCUGUGUAUGAAGAUCUGGGGGAGAUCUGAGAAGGGACCCCGAGCCGGAGCAGCC